UUGGUAGUUUUCGCGUAAACAUCUCUGGUUGAGUUUUAGCGCGAAAAAAGACGCAAGGGGUGAAUGUCGCGUUCAUUGUAUGUCAUGUGUCUCGCGAAAUGUCAUUAGUGUGAUAUAAUUUUGUACUUAUGUGUAUGUACAAUAACUUCUAGUGAUCAGAUUGUUUUAUGCAGAAUGAAGUGUACAAUCCCCGAAAUAUCGUGGCAUAAUAGAGAUCCAGUUCUUAGUAUUGAUAUUCAGCCAGGACGUAACAACGACGAGGGACCUUACAGGCUUGCCUCCGGCGGCACGGAUUCUCAUGUUGUGAUUUGGUACAUACACAAGAAGGAAUCUGGAUUAGCUGAGAUAGAGUUUGCAUCUGACUUACAACGGCACCAGAGAGCGGUAAAUGUUGUCAGAUUUUCACCAACAGGUGAACUUCUCGCCUCUGGAGACGACGAGGCAGUAAUCAUAAUCUGGAAGCAGAAGACUGAUCAGGAUGCACCAGAGCUCCCUUCCAGUGAAAACGAAGGCAACAGAGAGCAAUGGAUAUCUUUAAAAACACUGAGAGGCCACCUUGAAGAUAUAUACGAUCUUAGUUGGUCAAUGGAUUCAGCCUCACUAAUUUCAGGAUCAGUGGAUAAUUCAGCAAUUAUUUGGGAUGUACAAAAAGGUAAAUCACUGAAGUUACUGAAAGAACAUACUGGAUUUGUUCAAGGAGUAUCUUGGGAUCCAAAAAAUAAAUUCGUUGCAACAAUGUGCAGUGACAGAUCAUGUAGGAUAUACAACUUGAACUCAAAGAAAGUAAUGUACCAUAUAAACAAGGCAAUUCUGCCUGCUCCAGACGGAUCUGAACUCGAGGGAAAGACAGUUCGACUUUUUCAUGAUGACACUUUGAAAUCUUUCUUCCGAAGGCUGUGCUUUUCACCUGAUGGAGAACUUCUGAUAGUUCCUUCUGGUUUUGUUGAAAUACCGGACACCGAUAAACAUUUCAAUGCUACUUACAUUUUUACAAGGUGCUCACUUAACAGGCCAGUGUUGUACUUGCCUUCACCUGACCAGUACACUAUUGCAGUUAGAUGCUGCCCUGUGUUAUUUCAGCUUCAUGAAGGAGAUUCUGUUUUUGCACUCCCGUACAGGAUAGUAAUAGCAGUUGCAACACAGAGUUCUGUGAUGCUUUAUGAUACGCAGCAGGCUGAACCAUUUGCUCUCAUUUCCAAUAUACAUUAUACAAGACUUACAGAUGUAUCAUGGUCAGAAGACGGUCAAAUUCUCGUUGUAUCAAGCACUGAUGGUUAUUGUUCUGUUAUAACAUUUACACCUGGGGAGCUUGGUGAAGUUUAUCGACCAAGUGAAGCAAAAAGUAGUGACUGUGAUGGUACUGAUAACCAGAAUAGUGCAACCGAAAAGACUGGUGAGAACAGUAGUGAGCUUUCAAGUGUUCAGAAAGGAAAAGAAAGUUGUAAAAUAGAGGAGCCUACAGAAAGAAGGCAAGGUACCACAGCGACGUCAAACAGAAGUGCCGAUGGUAAGAGUGUCGAGUGUCAAGCUGGUGAUAGUUCAAAAACAUUGAAGGCUGAGUGUAAAACUGUGUCAAAAGAAAACAGUUCCAGUAAUUCUGAACUUCUCUCUGACAUACACGGAGAGUCUAAUGUAAGUGCUGAUGCGAGUGUGCUCUGUAAUAGAACAAAGGAACCCAGUACUUUGAGGAGGGAGGGCAAAGUUCAAGGUAAGGAAGUGGAAUCCAGUUGCAUGGAGGUUGACACUAACCAAACAAACACCAUUUCAGAGAAAGAAAAUAAAUAUGCUUCACAAAGUGACGCUGACCAUAGUGAUUCCAGUAAAAAUGAUCGAGCGUGCAGCACAGUUGAGAGUGCAGUAAUACAUGAAGUAAAAAAUGAAUCUGGAAGUUCGACAGAGAAAAUGUGUGUUGUGGACAAUGAACGAACUGGAAAAAGUGAUGAGGGUACAGCUGAAAAAAGUGUCACCCAAAAGAAGAAAGAGCAGCUAGAAGAUGGGAAAACAGAAGCACUUCAGGCUCAUUCUCCACCACCCCCUGCUACUACCCCAUGCAAUUUAACUCCAGGCAAUGAUCAGAACAGACGUACACCUAGGCGGGUCCAGCUCAUCACUCUGUCAAGCCCUAAGAUAAGGAAGAAGCUUAUACAGUAACAUAAGGUGCAGAAACUGAUUGUGUGUUAAUGCUCUGCUUUUAUUCUCUAGUUAUUUGUGUGGUGCAGAAAUUGUAUAUUUAAUAAAACCAUUCUAUUUAUCAUGGUUAAACUUGUUUGAAGAUAGAAAAGGCAUCUAUAUAGCAGAUAGUUCAUUGACAUACACAUGGUAGAAACACAAAUUCGUGAAAGUGAAGGUUUCUUUCUCUUCUUGUAUAUCCUUUUUGCCUUCAUCAGCUGGAGAGACACCCUCUGGAAAUUCUGUUGUCUUCUACCUUUGUGUGUGUGUCAGUCUUUUGCUAUCUGCUAGGUAUAAUUUUCUCAGACUUUUAUGCAACUGUUUUAUGUUGGACUUUCCUACUUUGUAUAAAUACCUUUUGUAAUAGUUAUUACAAUAUAUUAUUUAGAAGCGACUAUACUAUAUAAUCAUGACUACUAUUCACUGCAAUUCUGCAUUGUCCUUAGUUGAAAAGAUAUAAAUGUAAUUUAUCGUUUCUUAUAGUGUGAGAAUGUGCCAUUAUUAUAUCUUAACAUUUUGAAAAUGUCUGGCUUUCCUUUAAUUUAAUUAUUUCAUUUGAUGGAAAGGAAUGAAUCAAAUGACGUAUUUAUUUAGCUUCAGCAUUAAGACUCUUCUAACUGUAACACACCUUGAUAUGCUGUGCUUAAAAUACAUCAGCUGUUGAGAGAACUUAGAGUUUACUUAGCCAGAAAUAAAGUGUUCAACAUUUCUUAAAAAUAUAUUUUAUUAAUGGCAGAUUUUGUAACUAAAGACAUUGAUUGAAGAUGUUAAUAAUUUUAUAAGAGAAAUGUAUAAACAAAUGCUUCUUAUGGAGCAUCCACUUACAGUGACAGAAAUUUUUAGA